AUGAAUGCUUCAAAGUUAAUGAAUUCCGUGGAUAAAAAUCACAGAGAGAAGUGUGACAACAGCAAUUUCCAAAUCAAUCGAGUCCAAGCUGCAUUCCAAGCUUCUUUGACAAAGCAUGAAGAUAUUUUACUUAAAAGCUAUCUUGAAGGAUGGACAGAACUCCAAAAAUUUAUCGACGCACUUGGCACCAUAUUUGGAUUUAUAUCGGAAGAAGUUACCAGCAAAAUAGGAAUACUCAUUGAGCAUCAGCAGGGAGUGCAUGGAAAGGAAUACAUCUCCAUGAGGUCCAUGAUAAAUUAUGAAUUAACAAAUAAUGUGGUUAAUUUUCAUGAACUUCCCAGAGACCGUCUGCAAUCCGGCUGCCGCACUUUACUCCGUCUCCACCGAGCACUGCGGUGGCUGCAGCUCUUCCUUGAUAACAUAAGGACCAGCUCUGAGAAUGACUCAAUGUCCAUCAGUUGCGCAGAAGCCUAUGAACAGUCCCUUGCUAAAUAUCACAGCUGGAUUAUACGAAAAGCUGCUGGGAUUGCAUUCCUCGCCCUUCCAGCACGGACAGAGUUCCUUCAGAUACUGUGUCUGGAAGGCAGCAAGGAGACCAAAGACAAACUUUGGAGUGCUGUGAAUUUGAUUGAGAGAGUUUAUAAUGUUACACAAGUAAUGUAUGCACAGUAUAAUAUGCUUGAAUUACCUUAG